AUGGCUGGUGCGGUCAAGGCUGGGAAAUCUCAAACACCAUCUGACAAACCUUCCGACGGUUUUCUGGUCUACCUUGCCGCUGCCAACGGCGAUAUCGACGGACUAGAGAAGCUUCUGAAAAAUGAAGAGUGCGUAAAUUAUGUAGACGAGCUGACUGGGAUGAUGCCAAUUCAUGCUGCAGCAGCUUGGGGUAACGUGGGUUGCUUGAAAGUAAGUCAACUCUCUCGUGAACAAAGCUGCUUCUUCUCGGUUCCUCGGUUUAUGUUCCAUACAGAGUGCUUCGUUUUGAUUUGA